GCAAUCGCCUGCUGGUUCGGCUUUGAGCGGCUAGGGGCGCCAGUCGGAGCUCGCCGCUGAUUGGCCGUGACGUCACAAAGCAAGCCAAGAGCGAGCCGAGAAAAACGAAGCGGACGACGCAGGCCGAUCACUUUACUUUGGCACUCGGCAAGACAGAUUUUCGAGUGACAAAAUGGUGGACGCCGCUGUUCUGGAAAAGCUGGAGGCUGCCUUCAAGAAGUUGCAGGGCACCGAGAGCAAGUCCCUGCUCAAGAAAUACCUGAGCCAGGAGGUCUUCGACAAGCUCAAGACCAAGAAGACUGGCUUCAACUCGAGCCUGCUCGACGUCAUCCAGUCUGGCGUGGAAAACCCCGACUCCGGUGUUGGCAUCUAUGCCCCCGACGCCGAGUCUUACUCAACUUUCUCCGACUUGUUCGACCCCAUCAUUGAGGACUACCACGGUGGCUUCAAGAAGGACGCCAAGCACCCCAACAAGGACUGGGGAGAUGUUGACACCCUGCCCAAUGUUGACCCCUCUGGCGAGUACGUCAUCUCCACCCGCGUCCGUUGCGGUCGCUCCAUGGAGGGAUACCCCUUCAACCCCUGCCUGACCGAGGCUCAGUACAAGGAGAUGGAGGAGAAGCUGAAGGCCACCCUGGACGGUUUCCAAGGUGACCUGAAGGGCUCCUACUACCCCCUGGCCGGCAUGACCAAGGAGGUCCAGCAGAAGCUGAUCGACGAUCACUUCCUCUUCAAGGAGGGUGACCGCUUCCUGCAGGCCGCCAACGCUUGCCGCUUCUGGCCCACUGGCCGUGGCAUCUUCCACAAUGACGCCAAGACCUUCCUCAUCUGGUGCAACGAGGAGGAUCACCUCCGCCUCAUCUCCAUGCAGCCCGGUGGUGACCUGGGACAGGUCUACCGUCGCCUGGUGACUGCUGUCAACGACAUUGAGAAGCGCGUGCCCUUCUCGCACCACGACCGUCUCGGCUUCCUGACCUUCUGCCCGACCAACCUGGGCACGACUGUGCGCGCCUCCGUGCACAUCAAGGUGCCCAAGCUGGCCGCCAACAAGGCCAAGCUGGAGGAGGUCGCCUCCAAGUUCAACCUGCAGGUGCGCGGCACCCGCGGUGAGCACACCGAGGCCGAGGGUGGCGUCUACGACAUUUCCAACAAGCGCCGCAUGGGCCUGACCGAGUACGAGGCCGUCAAGGAGAUGUCCGAUGGCAUCCUCGAGAUCAUCAAGAUCGAGAAGGAGCUGCCUUGAACGAGCCAUUCCCGCUGCUAAAUCAAGAACCACCACCUUGUUCGUUUGUUGUUUGUCCAUCGCACGAGACACCGAGGCCACUCAUUAAACUAGAGCGAGACUCGUCGCUCGCCAAAAGCAGCUAGUCAGUAGCAGCCGACAAGACUAAUUGAUUCUCGCGAAACAAUAAAAAAUGAAUUAAAACUCAAUAAUAAAAAUAUAAAUCAAGGCCA